AUGGAGGCUCUAACUUCGUCUCUCCUCUCCACGCCGCCUCCUACGCAUCGGAAUAAGGCAUCUAUCGCUAAGCUCAAUCGCUCGUCCGCAUUGCCAGGGUCCCUUCCCCACGGACCCCGUCCCACAUUUCCACCGUCCCUCAAAUCGCCUUCGCCACUAGCCGGCGGUCCCAAAUGCUGGUCGCGAGUACCCGCGCUUCCGCAAGGCUCCGCCGAUGACGCGCGCGCGGCAGAGCGGAGUUACGAUGAGGUGGAAGAGGCGAUUCGGCGAAUUUCCGACGAGCAGGAUCAGCUGAGGGCCCGCGUGGUAGAAGCGUCGGAAGCGGCGUGCAAUGCGGACGUCGAUGUAGUCCGGCCGGUGCUAGGAUCAGCGUCUUCGCAACCGCCGCAGGCGGAGGCGCCGUCCGCGAUGGACGUGCGAUCAGCGGUGAGUGCGGCGGUGGGGGUUUGUCGGGUGGUGGCUCUGACCGCUUUCGCACAAGGCGGAAGAAUUAAGGGACGUAG